AUGGGGAAAAAGAAAGAAGAUGGAAAUGGAGAAGAGAACGGGGGAGAAAAGGAAGGGGAAUCUCAGAAUCCCAGAAUCUCAGAAUCUCAGAAUCUCAGAAUCUCAGAAUCUCAGAAUCUCAGAAUCUCAGAAUCUCAGAAUCUCAGAAUCUCAGAAUCUCAGAAUCUCAGAAUCUCAGAAUCUGAGAAUCUCAGAAUCUCAGAAUCUGAGAAUCUCAGAUUCUCAGAAUCUCAGAAUCUCAGAAUCUCAAAAUCCCAGAAUCUCAGAAUCUCAGAAUCUCAAAAUCCCAGAAUCUCAGAAUCUCAGAAUCUCAGAUUCUCAGAAUCUCAGAAUCUCAGAAUCUCAGAAUCUCAGAAUCUCAGAAUCUCAGAAUCUCAGAAUCUCAGAACCUUAGAAAUUUAG